CUAUCAGUUAUUCGUAGCGCCUCGUAUUGUGCAGUCCUCUCAUUGCAUUUUAUUUUAUUAUUGGACGUUUGAUAUUUUAGGCAAAGAUGGAUUUUUUGUGCAGAAGUUUUAUUAUUUUAAGUUUCCUAGCAGUGUUAUCGACAAAUGUUCUAGCUCUGAAGGCAUGCAGCGGCAACGCACGGUGCGUCGUGUUCGAGGACUGCAAGGGACUGUACACGCCGCUGACGCGCGUCGCCUCCCCGCAUCUGUUGGACCUGCUGAAACACCUACAGUGCGGGUUCAAUGAAGACCGGCAACCGAUGAUAUGCUGUCCGCCAAUUUUAUCCUUCUAUCCUGAAAGCAGUACCAGCGCCCAUGCAGCGUUUGACAGAGAGGCGGCGCUGGCCUUGCUGCCGGGACCGAGCUCCUGCGGCGUAGACCGCGCCGACAGGAUCUAUGGUGGCUCGCAGACCGAGGUCGACGAGCAUCCGUGGAUGGCGCUGAUCCGAUAUGACAAAUUGGUAGGCAGUGGUUUCUACUGCGGCGGGGUGCUAAUAUCGUCCCGCUACGUGCUGACCGCGGCGCACUGCAUCAAGGGCGCGGAACUGCCCAAGCAGUGGAAAGUGACCCACGUCCGUCUGGGCGAAUGGAGCACGUCGACCGUUAUAGACUGCGUGCAAGACGACUGCAACGAACCACCCCUCGACGUGCCGGUGGAAGAGAUCGUGGUACACGAGGACUACGUGCCGAGCGACGGACACCAGCAGAACGAUAUCGCGCUGCUGAGACUCGCGUACGAUGUGCCUUUCAAUGAUUUUGUGAAGCCGAUCUGCCUGCCCACUGAUCCAUCUCUAGCACAGAAAACCUUCCAGGAUACUGAUAUGGAGGUGGCGGGCUGGGGGAAGACGGAAAUUAGUUUUUCAUCAGCUGUGAAACUGAAAGCUCGCUUGCCCGUUGUGAGCAACUACAUUUGCUCCCAGAUAUACAAGGUGUCUGAUAGAAACAUAAGCGAGAAGCAGAUUUGUGCUGGAGGAACUUCUCACAAGGACUCCUGCAGGGGAGACUCAGGGGGCCCGCUGAUGGCCCAGGACUCGGCUAUGAACUGGAUGGUGUUGGGCGUGGUGUCAUACGGUCCCUCGCCCUGUGGAUCGCCUGGCUGGCCGGGCGUAUAUACGAGGGUCACAGCCUUUGUCGACUGGAUACUGACUCAAUUGCGACCAUAAGUUUUUUGGUGACGGAACAGUACUUAGAAGAUAUUUAGGUAAUUCUCAUUAAAUAACUAUCUGACUUGGCUUGGCAGCUGGAAUUACACAAAAGUCUUUAUUAGGGCGGGCAGGGGGGGAGGGGGGAGGCCUGGAGGGUGAAAGGAGCAGAGCAAAAGAGCAAGAGAGCUACGGUGCAUGCAUUGGCCCUCCCCGCGGAGUCUUCAGUCCAGAAACCGAGUAGACUGCCCAGGUUGCCGAGGGCUUCAUGGAGUGAGGUUGUGGAUCUUAAAUGGCGCUCACAUUGUGCUACCAUACCCGUGCACGUGCGUCAGUGUUUCAUCUACAUCCACGCAAGUGUAUUGAACUCUUAUUAAAGAACUCCGGCUUUGCUCGGGCGGAAUUACUCAGUAUAAUUAAUUUAAGUUUAUUGUAUUAUUAUCAUUAGGUAUAAUUAUCUACAUGAUUACAAUUCUUGAUUUUU